AUGUCUUUUUAAUUCCUUAAAAUAUGUUUUAAUAAUGAUCUCAAAAGACUUAAAAGUUUAAAGAGAUAGUUGUUUUACAAUAUCUAACUGAAUGAGUUGUAUAGAUUAGAAAGAAUUAGUUGA